UGUAAUAAGGGGUUGGUUUGCCCUAACUGGCCGGAUAAGAGAAACAUUGGAGAAAUAAGGUGGAAACUGGACUUUAUCGUCAAGAUGUGGUCAGCACUUUUCGUCAUCUUUGGUUGCUUCUUAUGCGGUGCACAUGGGUCUCCUGAAGAGUAUCAGUUAUUGAACGAUAUGUUCUCUAGCUACAGCCCAGUCAUCCGACCUGUCGCUAAUUCAACCGAUGCUGUUCAAGUCAAGCUGGGUGCAGCACUUCAACAAAUCAUAGAAAUGGAUGAGAAGAACCAGGUUAUAACAGUCAACCUGUGGAUGCGAAUGCAAUGGACAGACAGCAACUUCAUCUGGGAUGCUGACAAUUAUGGAGGAACAGACAGACUGAUUGUUCCUAUUGACUCUAUAUGGAGACCGGAUAUCGUGCUGUACACAAAUGCCGACUCUGGGUUUAGUGGUAUGAUGGAGACCAAUGCAGUCAUCACAAACACCGGCAUAGUCUAUUGGAACGCACCGGCCAUCUACACCAGCACCUGUAAGAUUGACGUGUCCUACUUCCCAUUUGACGAACAGCACUGCCCGAUGAAGUUCAGCUCCUGGGCUUACAACGGCUUCCAGAUCUUCCUGUCAAACCGCUCAAGUUCCGGGGACGUCUCAGCCUUCAUCGACAACGGAGAGUGGACCCUCGUCGGAAUGCCGGUCAGAAAUAACAUCGCGUACUACCAAUGCUGUCCGGAACCGUUCCCUGACGUCACGUUUACCAUCGUCAUCAGAAGACGCCCUCUAUUUUAUAUGUUCAAUCUGAUGAUACCGUGUAUGCUGAUCUCAUUGAUUACUGUGUUGGAUUUCUACUUGCCGGCUGACUCUGGGGAGAAGGUGACUUUGGGGAUCACCAUCCUACUGGCCCUCACUGUGUUUCUUCUCCUAGUGGCUGAAACGAUGCCGCCUACGUCAGAAGUGGUGCCUCUUAUUGGGCAAUAUUACCUGGCUACAAUCGUACUAGUCUCAACGUCCACAGUCAUGACAGUCUUCGUCCUGUACCUGCACUACCGUCUGCCCGGUACCAAACCAGUACCCGCUUGGCUCCGUAACCUAUCCUUCAACUACAUAGCCAAGAUACUUUGCAUGAAGAACACAAUGAAAGUCGCUCCGGCCCCGCAGGAAACAGUCGUCGAGAACAACUACAUCACUAAUGGUAGUCUCGGGAGUGAGAAGAAACUACACAAUGGUAACGAGAACCUUAACGUGGUAUCUACGAUUCAUCCCGCAUCAGAGCACUUUGAUAAGACUGUGAGCUCCAUCUUGGAUAAUCUUAAGUUUCUGACUAAACGCGCUAAAGAUGAAGAUUCGGAUGAGGAGAUUUUGACGGAGUGGAAGUACGUGGCUCUGGUGUUCGAUAGGAUGUUUAUGUGGACUUUCUUGGUCACUACUAUUGUUACCACUGUUGGAAUCCUGUGCCAACCCAAGCCGUACACUUUGGAAGAGGACUUGUUCUGUGUAAUUGCAGGGUCAUACCAGGUAGAGUCGCACGAGGCACGUCUUUAUCAUGACUUACUGGACAAACACAACCCUGAAAUCAGACCGGUUGCUAAUUUCAACGAGACCGUCGUAGUUACCUUUGGGGCAGCCUUGCAGAUGAUUGCCGAAAUGGAUGAAAAAAAGCAACAGAUUACAACCAGCUUGUGGCUACGGUUUUCGUGGCAAGACGCAUUCCUGAAAUGGGAUCCUGCACUGUAUGAUGGCAUCGCCCAUACCGUUCUACCAUAUUCGACCGUUUGGAAACCAGAUGUCGUGCUCUACAACAACGUGGAUCUUGAAUAUCAUGGGCUAAUGGAAACGGGUAUCACAGUCACAAGCACAGGGUAUGUUUAUUGGAACACCCCAGCAAUCCUCAAAAGCUCCUGCAAGAUUGACGUGUCCUUCUUUCCCUUCGACACCCAAGCGUGUGCAAUGAAAUUCGGUUCAUGGUCCUACAGCGGCGCCAUGAUAGACUUCGACAACACUUCUGCGUAUGGUGACAUUUCUGCGUACACUGACAAUGGAGAAUGGAACCUUAACGCCAUGAACGUUAAGAAAAAUGUGGUUUACUACCAAUGCUGUAAAGACCCUUAUCCAGACAUCACGUUCACUAUCAUUAUCAACAGAAGACCUCUAUUCUACGUGUUCAACGUCAUAAUACCAUGCAUGCUUCUCUCUCUUGUGACGUCAUUUACAUUCCUCUUGCCGGCUGACUCCGGUGAGAAGAUAAGUUUUGUUCUUACGUCUCUACUGUCACUGAUUGUGUUUCUUCUGCUGGUUGCAGAAACAAUACCAGCCUCAUCCGAACAAGUGCCUCUUAUUGGUCAAUAUUUUGUAGUCAUCAUCGGCAUCACCUCGUCCUCAGUCGCACUCUCUGUCUUCGUCCUUCAUCUCCACAAUCGGCUCCCCAACGACAAACCAGUCCCCGUCUGGCUCAAGAAAUUCUUGAUCUGCUUGUCGCCCAUCCUUGGCUCAAUGGCCUACCCCCACGGCAAACCGCUAGGUGCGUUUUUGGUGUGCAACGGCAACGAUAAUGCUGGCUACGACAGCGAGAUACUGGACGAGAAAGCCAAGCUCGCCAAAAGGAUGAAGAACUUAAAAUUGGCCAUCUCCACUGAUGAUAUGUCUGAGGUCUCUAAACUGGAGAAGGCAGUGAUAUCCAUCAAUAACAACAUGAAACUGCUAGCAGGGAGAUGCAACGACCAAGAUGUGGAUGAAGAAAUACUGGCAGAGUGGAAGUAUGCAGCACGCGCACUGGAUAGACUCUUCUUUAUUCUGUAUUUACUUAUUACCAUUUUUGCUACUCUUGCAAUUUUGGCCCAACCAAAAACACACAUUGACGACGAAUAAGUGUCCAUGUACAAGUAAUAACAUAUUGGUGAUUCUAACGGGUUCGAUGCUUCAUCUGCAUGGUUCGUGGCGUUCAAGAAUUGGUUCCAUUAACUCAAUUGGUCAAUUGUAAAUUUUCAAUUAGCAUUCUAUUGAUGUAACAUUAACUUUAGCAAAAACUACAAACUAAGAUUUUAUAGUCACCACAAUAACAUUUUUUUCUAGGUUUACCAGUUGCACGUUUUUGUUCUAUACAUUUUUGAUGGAUUUUGAGUAAAAUUAAAUGCUUACCGUUUGUCCUUUUUUGCAUACUUUUGACAAGUGUUGAAACUGUCAACAAACUUAACUUUUUCCCUUCAUAUUUUGGGUUUAAUAUCGAGUAAACACCCCUUGCUUUCUUUUUGUUCUCUUUGUUUUUUUUCCGUUCGAAUUGCAAGGUUUGACCCUUGCCCCUGUUCAGAUUUGUUGUACAUACUUAAUUAACAUGCAAAGCUUUGCCUUUUAAGAGUUUUGAUAACCAUUGGGUACCACGCAGGACUUAACUUUUGUGCUGCUUUAUUAAGAUUUGAUGAAUUCAGUAAAAUUGAAACAGCUAUCCCUUGUACAUCUUGCAUAAUUUUGGAGAAAAAAAUGUUGACUUAAAGAUUUGAACUUCUUUCAUUGUUGUGGUAAAUAUAACUAACACAUGAUUUAACACUUGUUUCGUAAUUUCGUAAUUUCGUACAUGUUCUUAUCGGUAUGUUUGAUAUAAUUAUUUUGAGUAAAGUUGUAAUAGAGGCAUACCAAGACACUGAUAAGUUUUAUUGCUGAUACAAUGUUCCCAUGGUGCUACUUUCAUGAUGUUUCUGAUACAAUAUGAGUGUUAUUUGCCUUGAUUUGACAUUUUGAUGAGUGCUGAGUAAAAUAAAAUGCUCAACCCUGUACUCAAGCCAAAUUUGUGAAAAUACUGUCUUGUUCUGGUACUUUGUUCGAACAUUAGAUCAAUUUACACUGUAUUGAGAAAAUUGUCUUGGCUUUCAUAUUUUUAAGAACCUUGAAUAAGAAGCAAGGCAAAGAUGGGCGAGAAAACAUUGAUAGUACACAAUGCUAUAAAUGUACACCUUAUACACAUUUUCUGGAAAAAUUUGCUUAAUUCACAAGAAUUGUUUUCAGGCAAAAUUUGCUAAGCACACAAGGUUGUACACAUUUGCUAAGCACACAAGGUUGUACACAUUUUCAGGUACAAUUCGCCCAGUAAACAAUAGCCUUGCACACAACUUUUCAGGCAAAAUUGAUUGUUUAGUACACAAGGUUAUAGCCUUGUACACAAUUUUUCAGGCAAAAUUUGCUUAGUAAGCAAAGGCAAAUUCUGCUCAGUACACAACGCCUUGUUAACGUUUUCAGGCAAAAUUUGCUUAGUACACAAGGUUAUAGCCUUGUUAACAUUUUCAGGCAAAAUUUGCUUAGUACACAAGGCUAUACAGAAUUGUACAAAAUUUCUCAGGCAAAAUUUGCUUAGUACACAAGGUGCCUUGUACACAACUUUUCAGGCAAAAUUUGCUUAGUACACAAGGUUAUAGCCUUGUUAACAAGUUCAGGCAAAAUUUGCUCAGUUCACAAGGUUAAAGCCUUGUUAACAUUUUCAGGCAAAUUCUGCUCAGUACACAAGGUUAUAGCCUUGUACACAAUUUUUCAGGCAAAA